AUGGGAGAUCACUCGAAUUCUCAUCAUCGACACGAUCGUGAUCGUGAUGGUGAGUGUCAUCGUUCGGGGGCGGGACUUAUUAACAUGUCAUGGAAGGCGUACAGAUCUCUCGUCAAGAAAUGGUGCUCUGAUCAUAAACUUUCUCCAAAGAAAAAACAAAAGGAUGGUGAUUUGGACAAGACAUCCAGUAGGAAGGUGAUGGAAAAUAAAUUGAAAAAAGGCGAGAAACCUUCAAAAACAGAGAAACAAGAUAGUCUACGUGCGGAUGAUACCGAAUUUUCUUGCCUUCUGAGGAGUUCGAGUAGGAGGAGUCACACACCUACGCCUGGACCAACCUACUUGUCCAAGACCCCGAGCCGAUCGUCGAGCAACCCUUUGAAAUCCUCGCUUUUGAGAACCUUCAGUCGAAAGAGCCAAACCAAAGACGAGACGUCACAACUACAACAAGAUCAGAAAAAACAAACAAAGAGAAGCUCUAGCGUCAGUCGAUUUUUCUCUCUUUCAAGAAGUACGAGUCGAAAAAGCACAUCGGAAAUAGAAAAACCUUUAUUUUUGAGAAGUACAAGUCGGAGGAGUACCACUCCUCUUGCUCGUAGAAAACCUCAGCCGAUCGAGAAAACACUCGAAUGCACCUUGGAAGAGCUUUGCUUUGGAGCGGUGAAAAAGAUCAAAAUCGUCAAAGAUGUCAUCUCCUAUGAAGGAGUAAUUGUGAAACAAGAGGACACUCUGACAAUAAACAUAAAGCCAGGAUGGACAAAAGGAACAAAGCUUACCUUCGAAGGCAAAGGCGACGAAAAACCGGGCUACCUUCCGGCAGACAUCACCUUCUCAAUACAAGAGAAGAGGCAUCACUUGUUCAAACGAACCGGUGAUGACUUGGAGAUAGUAGUCGAGAUCCCAUUGGUGAAGGCCUUAACAGGUUGCCAACUGCUUGUCCCUUUGCUUGGAGGGGAUACGAUGAGCAUGCAUGUUAGUGACAUCAUAUAUCCUGGAUACGAAAAGGUGAUUCAAGGCCAAGGGAUGCCUAUUGCUAAAGGAGGCAAUCGAGGUGAUCUCCAAAUCACAUUCGUCAUCAAGUUUCCGACGAAUCUAACCGAUGAACAACGGUCAGAAGCAUGUAGUAUAUUGGAAGGUUGUUCUUGA